GGAGCACAGCCACCCGCCACAACCACCCGCCACAACCACCCGACGUCAUUCCUCAUCCUUCUCCAAAUCAAGUUUCUCUCUCGAUUCUCACCAAAUUCGAAACGGCAGCAGCCAUCAACCUUCCUGUCAUCUCGGUCUACCAGGUCAAUUAACGUUCAUGAGCCCCAGGACCCUGAAAAUUCUCUUUAGUACUAGGACAGAAGUGCCGUCAGCCAAGAACCAUUUCCCCAGCAGUUUUCAACCCAAUUUAUCCACUUUCUCAUAGAGAUUCCGGAAAAUAAUUCUAUCAAGACAACUUGCUUCCUUCCCAUUCGCGUGAAUUUCUUUCACCCCUUCCAGUAUGACGUGAAAUCGACCAGGCCUCGAUACCUGUAUAUUUCCUUAUCAACGUUGACAACUUGCUUUGCCGUCAUAUGUACAUCACCACGUAGAUGAUCACUUCUCUCCAUAUUACACAUUCACCACUGUUGCCAAAAUUACAUCGAGAUCACUACUCUUCCCAGUUUGAAGUCCCCCAACCCACAAUAUCCCUGAAUUCUGCAACUCCUGCGUUCGUCAAUCUCCCUAUAAAGACAUCCGAAAUGUCCCCCCAAGUUCCAAUUCCAAUCCCAUUAGCAUCAUCUUCACAAACACAAAUCGUACCCAGAAUCAAAGACGACGACCAGUUACCCGACAAAGCUGCAUUAAGAACUCUAUCUUCGUUUAUCAAAACUUAUCGCAACUCUCUGGACCAAUCCACAACUUCCAUACCAAUAUCAGAAGAACAUACCCACACACAACAACCUUCACCUCUUUCACAAAUCCAUACACUACCCCAAACACCCACAACAACAACAACAACAACAACAACAACAACACCACCACCACCACCACCAAACCUAGACCCACAUCUCAAAAUGGCACACACAACCACCACCGUCACCACCAAGCCCUCCCUCCUCGCCCGUCUCCGCGGCGGCAAAACCCACCGUCGCACCUACGAAAGCAACACCCACAGCACCCACCACCGCAAACAGCGCAGCACCUGGGGCGGUCGUCGUCGCGCCGGUGCCACGGCACAGCCCGUCCACCACCACCACCGCAAGCCCAGCGUCGGCGACAAGAUCAGCGGUGCGCUUUUGAAAUUGCGAGGAAGCUUGACCCGGAGACCCGGCUUGAAGGCAGCCGGAACCCGCAGAAUGAGAGGAACCGAUGGAAAGGGUAGUCAUCACACUGUUGCUUAUUAAACCAACUUACCUGGCCCAUCUUUCCUUACAUCAUCACAUUGUACUAUUACACCCUUCUCCUUUUACACACGCAUGACUCAAGCAUGGAUGGAUAAUUGCAUGCAUGCAUCACGACUUACGAACGACCGAUUGUAUUAUAUGGAUAUAAAUGGAUACAGCGAUACCCAGAGCAGAGGAGAGUGAAGGCUUUUGUUUUUAAUGAAGUUGAAGUGAAAAGUUUAGCGGAGCGAGCGGGGUUUUAUAUCUAGAGGAAUAUCAAUAAAAUACCACA